AGAGACAGACUUGUCGAGGGGGAGGGUAAAGGGGAGGGGUAUGUCAAAAAGAGCACAUUACGUAAUAUCCACUCGGCAGUCCACAAAAUAAAACAAAGAAUAUUAAAGAACUAUCGACAAGAAGUAGAUCUGGCAAUUUCACCAAUGACUCGACCAAAAUCCAGCUAACCAAUACGCAAUCAGUGUGCAAAAUAUGCUUUUCUUGACUGUCAUAUGUCCCCUUGAUGGGCAUGAAGUGGGUUUUGCUUGUACACGCGUUGUGAGCCAGUGGUGUGCAUGAAAAUGCAGGAUACUUCAUAUAAACAACCUGAACCUCAAAAAAUCAAAAUGGCGACCAGUUUCAAAAAGAAAGGUUCUCGAGGUCGCGCCGUUUAUCCUUCGGGUACAAAGCCAUCUCUUCAUAACAAUCAGCUUUUGAUAUCUUCUGGAGUGCCAUCUAUGGACAACAAUAUAGGUGGUGGAAUUGCUGUUGGAACCGUUUUGAUGAUUGAGGAGGAUACCUAUGGCUCUUACGCCCGGCAGCUUUCAAAAUAUUUUCUUGCUGAGGGAGUUGUGUCUGGCCAUGCCAUCUUCCUGGCAUCCGCAGAGCCAGAACCCAGUAAUAUUUUAAAGGAUCUUCCCCAACAAACAGAUGACAAAGGAGAAAAUAAGACAUCUGUCAGCAGCUCACAGGAACUGGAAGAAAGAUCUUCACCAGAUCAGUCAAUGAAGAUUGCAUGGAGAUACCAAAAUCAGCCUAAGUUUCAGUCCUCACCAUUGCAUGCUAAGUUUGGACACUACUAUGACUUGACCCGAGUGAUGGAUGAACUGACCGUCAGCUCUGUCCCCAUUCAUAUAUUUAAUGUGGCCAACGAGAUGUCAAAGUGUCUUGAACUCUCUGAGGAAAAAAGGUCAGAUGAAAACAACGUCUAUAAAGCACUUAUUUCAAGAAUAGAGUCUGCUAUCAAAGAUGGGGGAUUUAUCACAUCAGGAAAAGGGGAUCCAGCCCUCACUCGGCGUGUGGAAAGACUGUGUGACACGGUUGUAAAACUGGAGUCAUUUGUUGGCUCUGAAAAUGAAACGAACCCAGUUUACAAAGACUAUCAUGGUCUCUUUCACAUUCUUCGCCUUCCUCGACUGAAUUCCCUUGUGUGUCACGUGCCAGAUUCCUUCGACCUCGCUUUCAAACUGAGGCGAAAGAAAAUGACCAUUGAGAAACUUCACCUUCCCCCAGAUCUCUCAGAAACAGCGAGCAGGACUCAAGAGGAUGUAGUCCGCGGGAAACCUGGCUCUCUCUCGUGCCAGUCCACGCUCUCAAACAGUCGGCUCGACUUCUGAUAAUUCAUCCUGCGUCUUGUAUGUGUUGAAGAGAAUAAUUUAAGAGAAAAGAAGAGGAAAUUUGGUGCUCUUCCAGACGUAAUUACGAUGAAAAGAGCAAGACUAUAGUAGCGUAUGCU